AUGGUGGGAGGAAUCGGCAUAUGUGGCAUUCACUCAGUGCCGGCCAUCUAUCCCGUCAUUAAGAACACACGUCUCAUUUCCUUCUCUCUCCUCCACUCCUCCGCUUCUGCUCCCUGUCCCCCAUCCCUCCCUCCCUCCCUCCUUCCCUCUCUCCCUCCCUCCCUCUCUCCCUCUCUCCCUCCCUCCCUCCCUCCCUCUCUCUCUCCCUCCCUCCCUCCCUCCCUCCCUCCCUCCCUCCCUCCCUCCCUCCCUCCCACCCUCCCUCCCUCCCUCCCUCCCUCCCUCCCUCCCUCCCUCCCUCCCUCCCUCCCUCCCUCCCUCCCUCCCUCCCUCCCUCCCUCCCUCUCGCGCACCUUUCUCGCCCACGCACCAACGGCAGCCCCAUCGCCCUGCAACGAUGGCAUCAACCCAUGCGGCUGGGGAGACUGUGCUGCCAACACUGACGGCUCCUCCCCGCCCUAUGUGUGCUCCUGUGCGGACGGCUUUGUACCAGUCACCAACAACGACGGCACCCCCACGUGCGCUCUAGACGACGUGUGCUCGUGGUUUGAGGGCGGCAACCCCUGUGGAGUGGGCUCGUGUCUGAGCGACAGCGAGGGCGGCUACCUUUGUCUCUGCCCGCCGGGCUUCAAGCGCGGGCUUCGGGCGGGCGGCACUGAGCUCUGUCGUAAGCGUUCUCGCAUGUGUUACCUUACCUUCGUCUCUGUCCGCCCGGCUUCAAGCGAUGCCUACAUGCGGGCGGGCGGCACUGAGCUGGCCCUUGCUGCUCUGCUCCCGCUCUCUCCUCCCUGUGUCACCCCUCUCGUCCUCCCUUCCUCCCUCCCCUCGUCCAUCCCUCAAGCUCCUGACCGCCCACCCAUCAUCUCCUACCCCAUGGGCGUGCACUGCGAGCUCGUGUAUCAGAUUCCCUUACCCUCUCCCUCCCACCCCCCCCCCACUCCCACGUUCUCCUCUCCCUCCCCUUCCGCCAGCCGCCGAGCUCCCCGCCCACCCAUCGUCUCCCACUCCAUGGACGUGCACGCGCACUGCAAGCUCGUGUAUCAGGCUCACUCACGGUCUCCUCACCCAUUCCCCCCAUCUCCCCUCUCUCUCUUCCCCACACCAAGCCCAGCCGCCAAACCGCCCAACCAACAUCUCCUGUUCAAUGGACGUGCACUGCGAGCUGAUCCACUUACCCUCUCCCUCCCAACCGCCCCUCACUCCCACGUUCUCCUCUCCCUCUCCUGUUCUUCAGCCGCGGAGCGCCCCAGCAACAUCUCAUACCCCAUGGACGUGGACUGCGAGCUGGUGUAUCAGAUCUACGGGCUGGACGAGGAGCAGUUCCUCGCUCAGAACCCCGACCUGGUGAGCGCUGCUGGGCUGGACUCGGUGCUGGAGAACGGCGAGGGUUGGUGCGAAACGGUUUGGGCCAACGCAGUGUUCAACAUCACUCUCUGCCCCUCUCUGCUGCCCAUGCAUGCACUCAUCUCUCUCCUUCCCGUUGCUCUCCCUUCUCUCUCUUCCCCGCCUUUGCUCGCCAUCCAUCAAUGUGUCAUGUUCGCGUCCAUCCAUUCGCUCCCUCCCUCUCCUCCUCUCCCUACUCCCAUACUCGUCCUUUCCCCUCUCCUUGCUCUCCUGUUGUCAUCCAUUCGCCACUGCUUGCUCUCCUGUUUUCAUCCCUUCCCCUCUGCUUGCUCUGCUGUUUUCAUCCCUUCCCCUCUGCUUGCUCUACUGUUUUCAUCCCUUCCCCUCUGCUUGCUCUACUGUUUUCAUCCCUUCCCCUCUGCUUGCUCUACUGUUUUCAUCCCUUCCCCUCUGCUUGCUCUACUGUUUUCAUCCCUUCCCCUCUGCUUGCUCUACUGUUUUCAUCCCUUCCCCUCUGCUUGCUCUACUGUUUUCAUCCCUUCCCCUCUGCUUGCUCUACUGUUUUCAUCCCUUCCCCUCUGCUUGCUCUACUGUCCCCUCCCUCCCUCCCUCCCUUCUCACUCCCCCCCCAAACUUCUUCCUCUCUCUGCCAAACCCCACAACAAACGCCUCUGCCAGUCCUUUUCCCUUCUCCUUCCCCUUACCUCCCCUCCCCCCUCUCCUCCUCUCCCAUCACCCCUCCAAUCACAGAACGACACGUGUGCAGCGGUGGCAGACGGCUUCGACCUCACAGUUGCAGACCUGGAAGCUCUCAACCCGGGCGUGAACUGUACCGGGAAGAUAAAGAAGCUUCCCGCAGUGAACCAGCAGGUGAAUUGUCUCUCUGAGUGUGCGGCUGGUUGCCUAACCUCCACCUUUGUUAUCCCUCCCACCCCUCUCCAUGGGGCAACGGGGCCGACUUCCCCAUGUGCACGCAGUUCUGUCUACACAGCGCUUCCAAUGCCGUCCCCUGGUUUAACUGCUCCCGUGGGUUCCUCCCACCCCACUCCCUCACCUCACCAGGUGUGCGUGCAGGAGGGCAACGGGGCAGACUUCCCCAUGUGCACACAGUUCUACACCGUCCUCCCCAGCGACAACUGCAACACCAUCAUGAAGCGCUUCAAGCUCUCCCACCUCUCCUUCUACGCGCUCAACCCCGGCCUCAGCUGCGCAGCGCUCUUCCCCUACCUCAGCGGUCCCGACGAGGACGAGGACGAGGGCGACCAGGAUGGGGGGUCUACGCUCAGCGGCACUCAGGUGUGCAUCUCAGGCUUUACAGUCAACGCCACCGGGCCCGCUCCUGCCCGCUCCCUACGCACCCUCCACCCGCAAGGCACUCUGCAACGCACACCCAAGAAGCUUACCGGGUUCCGAAGGCUUGAGAGGCCCGAGAGGCCUGAGAAGCUCGAGAGGCUGGAGAACGCAUGGGUGGCAGGAGAAACCCGGUUGUGGGAGGGACAUCACCACCAGCAGCAGCAGUUGCAGCAGCUGCAGCUGCAGCAGCGGCAGCGGCAGCAGCAGUCGUGGCAGCAGUGGAUGCACGAGCUCUUUACUGAGAUGGCGGCGUUGGGGCCUCACAGGAGCAGGCAGAAAGGGCUGUACAAGCCUGGCUUUAAAGGGGCUUCAGUGGCACUCCAAAAGAGGCUGCUAGCAACCACUAAAGGCAGGCGCGCCCGGCCCAGAUGCCUUGCGUAUUACUCUCGCAUCUAUCUCGCUCUUUCCAUGCCCACUCUCGAUUAUCGUGAGGAGCAUGGGGCUGGCUCAAGCAUGGGGCUGGCUCUAGCAUGGGGCUGGCUCAAGCAUGGGGCUGGCACAAGCAUGGGGCUGGCUCAAGCAUGGGGCUGGCUCAAGCAUGGGGUCGACUCAAGCAUUGGGGCUGGCUCAAGCAUGGGGCUGGCUCAAGCAUCAAGCAUGGGGCUGGCUCAAGCAUGGGGCUGGCUUAAGCAUGGGGCUGGCUCAAGCAUGGGGCUGGCUCAAGCAUGGGGCUGGCUCAAGCAUGGGGCUGGCUCAAGCAUGGGGCUGGCUCAAGCAUCAAGCAUGGGGCUGGCUCAAGCAUGGGGCUGGCUCAAGCAUGGGGCUGGCUCUAGCAUGGGGCUGGCUCAAGCAUGGGGCUGGCACAAGCAUGGGGCUGGCUCAAGCAUGGGGCUGGCUCAAGCAUGGGGUCGACUCAAGCAUUGGGGCUGGCUCAAGCAUGGGGCUGGCUCAAGCAUCAAGCAUGGGGCUGGCUCAAGCAUGGGGCUGGCUCAAGCAUGGGGCUGGCUCAAGCAUGGGGCUGGCUCAAGCAUGGGGCUGGCUCAAGCAUGGGGCUGGCUCAAGCAUGGGGCUGGCUCAAGCAUGGGGCUGGCUCUAGCAUGGGGCUGGCUCAAGCAUGGGGCUGGCUCAAGCAUCAUGCAUGGGGCUGGCUCUAGCAUGGGGCUGGCUCAAGCAUGGGGCUGGCUCUAG